AUGCUCGAGACAUCACAAGGCGAACGACAGUGUAUUCUCGCUCCCUUUUCGCCGACCAAGCGACGAGGCCUUCUUCGGCGGCUGUGUGAGCAAGUCGAAGAAAAGCUGGCACCUCAGCCCGCGUCGGAGUUGAUACGCUGCGGGAUAGCCGACCAACAGGGUCCAGUAGGGCCUCCUGGGAAAAAGUCGCUUCUUCCUGAAUGCUUCGCUUGCAGUGCCGCACAUGGUCUUGAACGACACUUAGUCCUACUCGUCACGAUCGCCACGAUGGCGACAACGACCACGGAGAAGAUGGCUCAGGUGAAGACCUUUGUCCGGGACAAAGUGUCUCAGACCACCGAUGCUGCCGGUCUUUCCGUCCAUGACGCUCGCAUCAAGGGGCAAAACACGAUGAGGCAGGCCCAGCAAAAGACAGCGUCGGCUUCCAACACCUCCAUCGAGUCGCUGCAGUUCUUGAUGGACAAGCUGAACCGCAGCGGCAUCGUCAAUGAUGCCAAGCUGCUCGGCCAGGCGCCCAAUCUGCUCAUCUCUGGUCUAACGGGCGGAGGCUUGGACGAUCGCAAACUGCUGCUCGAGCAAAUCGUCACAUUGCUCUCUGGCCUGCCCGCCUCUUCUCACAUCAGCCAAGUCCUUUCGGACACGCUGAUCAAGAUCAUCUGGGGCGACUUGCCACAUCCAGCCGUCUCUUUCAUGGGCCCAGAGCAUCGCUUCCGGCGCCCCGACGGCUCGGACAACAACAUUCAGAAUCCCAACCUCGGUGCCUCCGGUCAGCCGUACUCGCGCAACGUGCAGCGCACACAUCCGCAGCCGGUUAACCUUCCCGACCCUGGCACAGUCUACGACCUGCUCCUUGCGAGAGACGACUUCGAGCCUCAUCCAUCUGGCAUCAGCUCCCUGCUCUUCAAUUUUGCCAACAUCAUCAUUCACGACAUCUUCUCCACCACUCGGGAGCCGGGCGCUCGCUCGGCCUACAACCAGCACUCGUCCUACCUCGACCUACAGGUGGUUUAUGGCGCCAACAAGGACGAACAGCGGCGCGUGCGCACUGGCGCGCUUGGUCUCCUAAAAUCCGAUGCCAUCGGAGACUGGCGUCUGGCCAUGAUGCCGCCUGCGACGGCCGCACUCGGGAUCCUCUUGAGUCGAAACCACAAUGUGAUCGCCAAGCGUCUUUACGAGGUCAACGAGAAUCAGCGUUUCGACAACCUCAAGGAUGAAGCCUUGGACGACGAGCUGUUUGGGACGGCACGUCUAGUCAAUUGCGGGCUCUUCCUUCACAUCAUCCUCCGCGACUACAUUCCGGUGAUUCUCAACACCAACGACUCCGAAUGGUUUGUCGACCCUUUGAACCCCAUCAAAGACCUCGGCGGCGCCCUUGACCGUGGCAACGGCAAUUCAGUCGCUGCCGAAUUCUCGGUCCUUUACCGCUGGCAUGCAGCUGUCUCGCAGAACGACGAAAAGUGGAUGAACGACUUCCUCGAGUCGCAAUUCCCGGGCCAGCGACCCGAAGACGUCGAUCCCAUGGAAUUCCUCGGCGCAGCUGCAGGACUCAAGAAGACCUUCCAGGACGCGGAUCCGAGCGAGUGGAAUCUGCACGGCUGGGAACGUGAUGAACAGGGCAAAUUCGACGAUGGCUUGCUCGCCCAGAUCAUCAAGGACGCCGUGUCAGACGUCGCUGGAGCAUUCCGUGCACGCGGUCACCCGAGCUGGUUCCGACCCAUCGAAAUCCUCGGAAUGAUCACAGCUCGCAAGGAUUGGGCUCUAUGCACGAUGAACGAGUUCCGUCACUUCUUGGGCCUCAAGACCUAUUCAUCUUUCAGCGAGUGGAAUCCUGAUCCCAAGAUCUCCCAGGCAGCCGAAAUGCUCUAUGGCGACAUUGACAAUCUAGAACUCUAUCCGGGGCUGAUGGCCGAAGAGGCCAAGCCAAGCAUCCCAGGAAGUGGUCUCUGCCCCGGAUACACGAUCUCGCGCGGCAUUCUCAGCGACGCUGCCGCCCUCACGCGCGGUGAUCGCUUCUACACGAACGACUUUUCGACCUCAAACCUGACGAGCAGCGGGUACUUGUACUGCACCACGCCCCAGCCCGGCAGCCACGGCCUGAUGGGCAAGCUGAUCAUGACAACGCUACCCGGCCAAUUCCCACACAACUCGAUCUAUGCGCUGUAUCCCUUCCGCGUGCCUGAAACGACGGUUGGAAUCCUCAAAGAGAAGCGUCUGAUCGAGCACUACGACACGUCCUACCCGGCGCCUGCGCGACACUGGUUUAGCGUCGAGUCAUACUCGGCGACGAAAGACAUCAUCGAGGACAGCCGAUACUUUGUCGCGCUGCCGCCCAUGUCGUACGACGAAGGCUUGAUGACCUCUGCGCUGGCCUCUAUCCCGCGCUGGCAAGACGAAGUCACGGAUUACUACAGCAUCAACGUCAACACGGUGAUGAACACUCGGAGCAUUCCAUUCUCAAAUUCGGGCCGUCAGCACAUUGUCGACCUUCUUGAGGUAGUCAACACGGUCUCAGCCCAGUUCACCUCGAGGCUCUUCGCUCUGCCUACCCCUGGCAGCCAUGGUCUGCAUCUCGGGAUGUCACCCGAGCAGCUCUCGGCGACACUUGCUAAACCCCUCGCCUACGCCAUGUACGGCUCGUUCGAUUCUCAGGGCCACCAGACGUGGCAGCUCGAGGAGGAGUCCGAGGCAUGCAUGCGCCGUCUCAAGACCCUCAUCUGGGCUCGAUUGCACACGGUCGAUGGUAUCUUGUCGCCAGUCUUCUCGCUAGUGCAGAACAUUUCGAACCUCGUCGGUGGUCCGGGCAACAUCGCUGCCAAUGACAUGGCCAGACACUUCUACCACACGCUGUUUGCCUCUGGCAAGAGCAACGAUGAGCUCGUUAAGGACUGUCUGCACAUGAUGGUCUCGCUCACUGCCACGCACUCUCUCGUUCUCAUGCAGACAUUCAAAUGGUUCUUCCGGGAAGAAAAUGCCGACCACCUCUCGGCCAUGCACCAGCUUGCCCACAAAAACGAUCCCGCAUCGAACUCGGAAAUGCGCCACCGUCUCAUGGAAGCCUACCGUCUCAACGCCAUCACGCCUCCGCAAGCCAAAUUUGCGCUUCAAGCAGUGGCUCUGCCGGACGUCGGUGGAGACAAGAAGUUUGUGCAGGUGGGCGACGGCGUCUACAUUCCGCCUUCUGCUUUGUACCGCGACCCACAGCUGUCGAAAGAACCCGAGCGUUUCAACCCGAACGGCAGCUUGCCUGUGCGUCUCGGUCUUGGCGACGCUCCCAGCCAAUCGAUCCUCGAAGUGGCACUUCCUGCCAUUGCAAAGCAGUUCUUCAAGCAUUCCGGCCUUCGCAUGGCGCCUUCCGGUUCACCUCCUGUCGUCAACGACGCUGGUCCUACCCCGAACCAAAAGUUGCCCUACUUUGUGAGCAACCAUGGUCUUGAGUAUCCUCUCCCCAUCGAUACGUCGAUGCACGUCAUCUACAAUGUUCGUUAG